UAUAAAGAGUGAAGAAGAUGAAGAGAAACCUGAGUUGUCACUGCUUCAUCAGAGUCAGACUGAGGAGAACAGAGCGGACUGUGGAGAACAAGAACCAGCCAGGAACUCAGGGUCUGAUGGACAUUUACAACAAGGUACUGAGGACAAGAAUGAAGACUCUUCUGAGACUGAAGACAGUGAAGAUGAUACGAUGCAGACAAGGAAACCUCAGUCUGAUUUAAAUACAAGAAAUAGCAAACAGCCUCUAAGUGAUAUGAAAUGUAAAACUGGUAAGAAAGCAUUUGGUUGUUCUGAUUGUGGUAAAAGAUUUAGCCAUAAGAGCAGUCGAGCUGUACACAUGAAAAUUCAUACAGGAGAGAAACCGUUUAGUUGCUCCGAGUGUGGUAAAAGACUGAGACGAAAAAGCGAGCUCACUGUACAUAUGAGGAUUCAUACAGGAGAGAGACCGUUUAGUUGUUCUGAGUGUGGUAGAAGAUUUCUUCAAAAGGGUGAUCUAACGGUACAUAUGAGGAUUCAUACAGGAGAGAGACCGUUUAGUUGUUCUGAGUGUGGUAGAAGAUUUCUUCAAAAGGGUGAUCGAACUGUACACAUGAAAAUUCAUACAGGAGAGAAACCGUUUAGUUGCUCCGAGUGUGGUAAAAGAUUCGGACGAAAGGGCGAGCUAACUGUACAUAUGAGGAUUCAUACAGGAGAGAGACCAUUUUGUUGUUCUGAGUGUGGUAGAAGAUUUCUUCAAAAGGAUUAUCUAACUGAUCAUAUGAGGAUUCAUACAGGAGAGAGACCGUUUAGUUGCUUCGAGUGCGGUAAAACUUUUCUUCAAAAGGCCAAACUAACUCAACAUAUGAGGAUUCAUACAGGAGAAAAACAGUUUAGUUGCUCCGAGUGUGGUAAAAGAUUUCUUCGAAAGGACAAUCUAACUGUACAUAUGAGGACUCAUACAGGAGAGAAACAGUUUAGUUGCUCUGAGUGUGGUAAAAGAUUCAGACAAAAUAGAAGUCUAACUGUACAUAAGAGAAGUCAUACAGGAGAGAAAGCAUUUAGUUGCUCCUAGUGUGGUAAAAGAUUUAGACUAAUGGGUAAUGCAACUUCAUAUGAGCAUUAAUAUAAGAGAGAAUGAAUUUACCUGCUCUGUGUGGUUAAAGAUUUAAGUUGCAUCGUUUGCGACAAAAGAUUUAUUAGGAUUUGUCAGCAACUUUUCAUAUUAUCCAUAUUGAUAGUUCACUGUUGUAAAUAGAGGUU